GGGAAGCUCCUCCGCCCCUCCCAACGGCUCCGGGGACGGGCGUGGCUGAGACAGGCCCCGCCCACACGCGCGCCGGCCCUCGGCAACCGGCACAACAUAACAAAAUGGCCGCGGGGCCGUCGGGCGCCUGAAGGGAAGGACCCGCGCGUCUCUUGCUCCGCCUCGUCCCGCGGGGCUGCUCGGCCCGACUCCUAGGCGGUGUUGAUGGACACCUGGCUUUACUCUUGCAAUGAAGAAAGGUCCUCAACAAAAAAUAUUCUCCAAAGCAAAGAUGCCAUUAUCAUCUCACUCUCCUAGUCCAUGGUCUCUUAAGACCAAUAUGAGAUCUAGGUCGCUUUCACCUUUAAUUGGAUCAGAGACUCUGCCUUUUCAUUCUGGAGGACAGUGGUGUGAGCAAGUUGAGAUUACAGAUGAAAACAAUAUGCUUUUGGACUGCCAAGACCAGAAAGGAGCUGAUUCACCUGCAGGAGUUCGAUAUAUUACAGAAGCUCUCAUUAAAAAACUUAGUAAACAGGACAAUUUGGCUUUGGUAAAAUCUCUGAAUCUUUCACUUUCUAAAGAUGGUGGCAAGAAAUUUAGGUAUAUCGAGAAUUUGGAAAAAUGUAUUAAACUUGAAGUAUUAAAUCUCAGCUAUAAUCUAAUAGGGAAGAUUGAGAAGAUGGACAAACUGUUAAAAUUACGUGAACUCAAUUUAUCUUAUAACAAAAUCAGCAAAAUUGAAGGCAUAGAAAAUUUGUGUAAUCUGCAAAAGCUAAACCUUGCAGGAAAUGAAAUUGAGCGUAUUCCAGUAUGGUUAGGGAAGAAGUUAAAAUCUUUGCGAGUCCUCAAUCUGAAAGGCAACAAGAUAUCAUCGCUACAAGAUGUAAGCAAGUUGAAACCGCUUCAAGAUUUGACUUCUCUGAUCCUAAUUGAAAAUCCACUUGUGACCCUUCCUCAUUAUCUCCAGUUUACCAUUUUCCACCUCCGUUCACUGGAAAGUUUGGAAGGUCAGCCAGUAACCACUCAAGAUAGACAGGAGGCUUUUGAGAGAUUCAGUUUAGAAGAGAUAGAAAGACUGGAAAGAGACUUGGAAAAGAAGACAAUGGAAACUGAAGAGCUUAAAAGCAAACAAACAAGGUUCCUUGAGGAAAUUCAACAUCAAGAUAAACUGAACAAAUCAUUAAAAGAGGAGGCCAUGUUACAGAAACAGAGCUGUAAGGAGCUACAGAGUGACCUAAACACAAAAAAUGAAUUGCUAAAACAGAAAACCAUGGAACUAACACGAGCAUGUCAGAAGCAGUAUGAGCUGGAACAGGAAUUGGCCUUUCAUAAAAUUGAUGCUAAAUUUGAGCCACUAAAUUAUUACCCAUCAGAGUAUGCUGAAAUUGAUAACACCCCAGAUGAAAGCCCUUAUAUUGGCAAAUCGAGAUACAAGAGAAAUAUGUUUGCCACAGAGAGUUACGUUAUUGAUAAUGCCCAGGCAGUACAGAUCAAGAAGAUGCAGCCAGAUGAAGGGGAACAACUUAGAAAUGAGCAUGUGAACUUGAGAGCCCAUGCACCACUGGACAUACAACUGGAAGACAAAGAAAAAAAAAUAAGUGCAGCACAAAGUCGACUGUCAGAACUACAUGAUGAAAUAGAAAAGGCAGAACAACAAAUUUUAAGAGCUACGGAAGAAUUUAAACAACUGGAAGAAGCUAUACAACUAAAAAAAAUUUCAGAAGCAGAGAAAGACCUUCUUUUCAAGCAAUUGAGUGGUAGGAUACAGCUUGUAAAUAAAUUACGCCAGGAAGCUCUGGAUCUAGAACUGCAGAUGGAAAAGCAAAGGCAAGAAAUUGCUGAAAAGGAGAAGGAGAUCAAGGACCUGCAAAUAGCCAUAGAUAGCCUGGAUUCUAAAGACCCAAAACAUUCUCAUAUGAAGGCUCAGAAAAGGGGUAAAGAACAACAGCUUGACAUUAUGAACAAGCAGUACAAACAACUUGAAAGCCGUUUGGAUGCGAUACUUUCCAGAAUUGCUAAGGAGACUGAAGAGAUUAAGGACCUUGAACAACAACUUACUGAAGGCCAAAUAGCAGCAAAUGAAGCCCUGAAGAAGGAUUUGGAAGGUGUCAUUAGUGGGUUGCAGGAAUACCUGGGGACCAUCAAAGGCCAGGCAACUCAGGCCCAGAAUGAGUGCAGGAAGCUACAGGGCGAGAAAGAGACAUUGCUGCAGAAAUUGACUGAAGUCGAGCAGGAAAGGGACCAACUGGAAAUAGUUGCCAUGGAUGCAGAAAAUAUGAAGAAGGAGCUUGCAGAGCUAGAAAGCGCCCUCCAGGAGCAGCAUGAGGUGAAUGCAUCCUUGCAGCAGACCCAGGGAGAUCUCAGUGCCUAUGAAGCUGAGCUAGAGGCUCGGUUGAAACUAAAGGAUGCUGAAGCCAACCAGCUCAAGGAAGAGUUGGAAAAACUCACGAGGCUUACCCAGUUAGAACAAUCAACCCUUCAAGCAGAACUUGAGAAGGAAAGACAAGCCCUCAAAAACGCCCUUGGAAAAGCCCAAUUCUCAGAAGAAAAGGAACAAGAGAAUAGUGAGCUCCACACAAAACUUAAACAGCUACAGGAUGACAAUAACCUGUUAAAACAGCAACUUAAAGAUUUCCAGAAUCACCUUAACCAUGUGGUUGAUGGUUUGAUUCAUCCAGAAGAAGUGGCAGCUCGUGUGGAUGAGCUAAGGACAAAACUGAAAUUAGGAACUGGGGAAAUGAGAAUCCAUAGUCCUUCAGACAUCUUAGGGAAAAGUCUUGCUGAUUUACAGAAACAAUUCAGUGAAAUUCUUGCACGCUCCCAGUGGGAAAGAGAAGCAGCACAAGUGAGAGAGAGGAAACUACAAGAAGAAAUGGCUCUGCAGCAAGAAAAACUGGCAAAUGGACAAGAAGAGUUCAGGCAGGCGUUUGAAAGAGCCCUUGAAGCAAGAAUUAAUUCUGAUAAGAGGCAACAUGAAGCAAGAAUCCGGCAGUUGGAGAAUGAAAUUCAUUAUUUGCAAGAAAAUCUAAAAAGUAUGGAGGAAAUCCAAGGCCUUACAGAUCUCCAACUUCAGGAAGCUGAUGAAGAGAAGGAGAGAAUUCUGGCCCAACUCCGAGAGUUAGAGAAAAAGAAGAAACUUGAAGAUGCCAAAUCUCAGGAGCAGUUUUUUGGUUUAGAUAAAGAAUUGAAGAAACUAAAGAAAGCUGUGGCCACCUCUGAUAAGCUAGCCACAGCUGAGCUCACCAUUGCCAAAGACCAACUUAAGUCCCUUCAUGGAACUGUUAUGAAAAUUAACCAGGAGCGUGCAGAGGAGUUGCAGGAAGCAGAGAGGUUCAGCAGAAAGGCUGUACAAGCGGCCAGGGAUCUGACUCGAGCAGAAGCUGAGAUUGAACUCCUGCAGACUCUUCUCAGGGACAAGGAGGAGCAGGUUCGAACUGAGAUGGAGAAAGCCGAUGUAGGUAUUGGAGGAACAAACUCACAGGUGCUAGAAUUCGAGAAACUGCAUGAGACAAUGGAGCGACAGAGGACUGAGAUUGCACGGCUGCGGAACAUACUAGACCUCACUGGGGCUGACAACAAAGGAGGCUUUGAAAAUGUUCUAGAAGAAAUUGCAGAACUGCGUCGUGAAGUUUCUUAUCAAAAUGAUUACAUCAGCAGUAUGGUAGAUCCUUUCAAAAGACGAGGCUAUUGGUACUUUAUGCCACCGCCAUCAUCAUCAAAAGUUUCAAGCCACAGUUCCCAGGCCACCAAGGACUCUGGUGUUGGCCUAAAGUACACAGCCUCAACUCCCAUUAGAAAAUCACAUCCUGGGCAACAAGAUGGGAAGGAAGGCAAUGGGCCUCCACCUGCCUCAGGGUACUGGGUUUAUUCUCCCAUCAGGCGUGGGUUACAUAAAUUGUUUCCAAAUAGAGAUGCAGACAGUGGAGGAGAUAGCCAAGAAGAGAGUGAGCUGGAUGACCAAGAGGAACCCCCAUUCGUGCCUCCUCCUGGAUCCAUGAUGUAUACUGUGCUCCCUGAUGGUUCUCCUGUACCCCAGGGCAUGGCCCUGUACGCACCGCCUCCUCCCCUGCCCAACAAUAGCCGACCUCUCACCCCUGGCACUGUUGUUUAUGGCCCACCUCCUGCUGGGGCCCCCCUCGUAUAUGGACCUCCACCCCCCAACUUCUCUGUCCCCCUCAUCCCUAUGGGUGUGCUGCAUUGCAACGUCCCAGAACAUCAUAACUUAGAGAAUGAAGUUUCUAGAUUAGAAGACAUAACACAGCAUUUAAAAUCAAAGAGACAGGAAGAACAGUGGAGGAGAGCAUCCAAGCGGCAGUCUGAGAAAGAAAUGGAAAAACUGCAUCAUGAUAUCGAUGGUCUUUUGCAAGAGAAGAAAGACUUGGAGCAUGAAGUAGAAGAAUUACACAGAACUAUCCAGAAACGUCAACAGCAAAAGGACUUCAUUGAUGGAAAUAUUGAGAGUCUUGUGACUGAACUAGAAAUAGAAAAAUCACUCAAACACCAUGAAGAUAUUGUAGAUGAAAUUGAGUGCAUUGAGAAGACCCUUCUGAAACGUCGCUCAGAGCUUAGGGAAGCUGACCGACUCCUGGCAGAGGCCGAGAGUGAACUUGCAUACACAAAAGAGAAGACAAAAAAUGCUGUUGAAAAGUUCACUGAUGCCAAGAGAAGUUUAUUGCAAACUGAGUCAGAUGCUGAGGAAUUAGAAAAGAGAGCUCAGGAAACUGCUGUUAACCUUGUCAAAGCUGAUCAACAGCUAAGAUUGCUCCAGGCUGAUGCAAAGGAUUUGGAGCAGCACAAAAUCAAGCAAGAAGAAAUCUUGAAAGAAAUAAACAAAGUUGUAGCAGCAAAAGACUCAGACUUCCAGUGUUUAAACAAGAAGAAGAAAAAACUGACGGAAGAGCUUCAGAAACUGCAAAAAGACAUCGAGACGGCAGAACGCAAUGAGGAUGACCACCUGCAGGUCCUAAAAGAAUCUGAGACCCUGCUUCAGGCCAAGAGAGCUGAGCUGGAAAAGCUGAAAAGCCAGGUGACAAAUCAGCAGCAGGAGAUGGCUGCCUUGGAUAGGCAGUUAGGGCAUAAAAAGGAGGAGCUUCAUCUACUCCACGAAAGCUUGGUCCAGGCAAAAGCUGACCUCCAGGAAGCUCUGAGACUGGGAGAAACUGAAGUAGCUGAGAAGUGCAAUCACAUUAGGGAAGUAAAAUCUCUUCUGGAAGAACUGAGUAUUCAGAAAGGAGAACUGAAUGUCCAAACUAGUGAAAAAAAAACUCAACUUGCCCUUAUAAAGCAGGAAAUUGAAAAAGAGGAAGAAAAUCUUCAGGUAGUUUUAGGGCAAAUGUCUAAACAUAAAACUGAACUAAAGAAUAUUCUGGACAUGUUGCAACUUGAAAACAAUGAGCUACAAGGUUUGAAGCUACAACAUGACAAAAAAAUGUCUGAGUUAGAGAAGACUCAGGUUGAAGUGCUAGAGGAGAAACUGGAGUUAGAGAAUUUGCAGCAGACAGCCCAGCGACAGAAAGGGGAAAUAGAAUGGCAGAAGCAGCUUCUUGAGAGGGAAAAACGAGAAAUAGAGCGAAUGACUUCUGAGUCCCGAGCAUUACAAUCUUGUGUUGAGUGUUUGAACAAAGAAAAAGAAGAUCUCCAGGAGAAAUGUGACAUUUGGGAAAAGAAGGUGGCACAAACCAAAAGGGUUUUAGCAGCAACAGAAGAAAAUAGCAAAAUGGAGCAAUCAAACUUAGAAAAGUUGGAAUUGAAUGUCAGAAAACUGCAGCAGGAACUUGACCAACUAAACAGAGACAAGCUGUCACUGCAUAAUGACAUAUUAGCAAUGCAGCAGCAGCUACAAGAAAAACGAGAAGCAGUAAACUCACUACAGGAUGAACUAGCUAAUGUGCAAGACCAUUUGAACCUAGCAAAACAGGACCUGCUUCGCACCACCGAGCACCAGGGUGUACUGCUUCGGGAGCAGACUCAGCUCCAGGAUGACAUCAGCGAAUGUGUGAAGAGGAUCAAAAACUGUGAGAAAGAAGGAGAGACAAAACAACAACAUCUCCAAGUGCUUCAGAAUGAAAUCGAAGAAAACAAACUCAAACUAGUCCAACAAGAAAUGAUGUUUCAGAGACUCCAGAGAGAGAGAGAAAGUGAAGAAAAAAAAUUAGAAGCCAGUAAAGUGACCCUGAAGGAGCAGCAACACCAGCUGGAAAAGGAAAUAACAGACCAGAAAAGCAACUUGGACCAGGUGCUCGCAAAGGUGCAGGCGGCUGAAAAUCAUGUCAGGACUCUUCAGGAAGAGGAGAGGCGGGGCGAGAGCCUAGAGAAGACACUGUCCCAGACCAAACAGCAGCUUUCAGAAAGGGAGCAGCAAUUAAUGGCAAAGUCAAGUGAGCUGCUGGCUCUCCAGAAAGAGGCAGACUCUAUGAGGGCAGACUUCAGCCUCCUGCGGAACCAGUUCCUGACGGAAAGAAAGAAAGCUGAGAAGCAGGUGGCCAGCCUGAAGGAAGCACUUAAGAUCCAGCGGAGCCAGCUGGAGCAAAACCUUCUUGAGCAAAAACAGGAGAACAGCUGCAUGCAAAAGGAAAUGGCAACCAUCGAACUGGUAGCCCAGGACAACCACGAACGGGCCAGGCGCCUGAUGGAGGAGCUCAACCAGAUGCAGCAUGAGUACGCAGAGCUCAAAAAGCAGAUGGCAAACCAAAAAGAUUUGGAGAGAAGACAAAUGGAAAUCAGUGACGCAAUGAGGACACUUAAAUCUGAGGUGAAAGAUGAAAUCAGAACCAGCCUGAAGAAUCUCAACCAGUUUCUUCCAGAACUACCAGCAGAUAUGGAAGCUAUUUGGGAAAGAAACGAAAACCUAGAAGGAGAGUUGGAAAGCUUGAAAGAGAACCUUCCAUUCACCAUGAAUGAGACAACUUUUGAAGAAAAACUGAGCUUUCCCCAAGUUCACAUAAUGGAUGGACACAGGCAUGGAGAAGCACUCCGGGAAGAACUGCGUCACCGUGAAGAUCGACUCAAGGCCCAGCUUCGACACUGUAUGUCCAAGCAAGCAGAAGUAUUAAGUAAAGGAAAGCGGCAGACAGAGGGCACGUUACACAGUUUGAGGAGACAAGUGGAUGCUUUAGGGGAAUUGGUUACCAGCACCUCUGUGGAUUCGACAUUGUCACCCAGUCUGGAUUCUUCCCUUGCGGAGGACUCUCAACUUGGACAAAAUCGGAGCUCCUUCCUACGGGUUCUACAGAGCCCGCCAGAUGGUUACCGACACUGAUGCCACUUCCCAGAUUCCUGCUCACAGGGAACGUGGCUCAGCCAGAUGAAGAGUACUGUAUUGUGUAAAUAUAUGAGAGAAUACCUUCUCCACUACCUCACUAACUUGACAAUUGGAAGGCAGCUUGGUUUUUUUGCUGAAACUCCACUGUAGUUUAUUUUGCUUGUAAUAUUAAUGCCAAGGUUUUUGUAAAUCACUUGUACAUGUGGGAAUAGUUGUGUACAAUUUAAACCAGGGUCCUAGGUGGCCAAGAUAUAUUUUUUUUUAAUCUUUGGACUGUUUUUAUAAAACCAAUGCUGAUUUUAACUGCAUUAUUUGUUAUCUAUAAACUGGCAAAUCUCAUGACAAAAAACGUACUUAAGCUCCUCUUCAUUUAUAUAGUGUCAAGAGUUAUUUU